AUGAUAGUCUUUACUUUGCUUUACAUGUUCCCCUUUGUUACAUGGAGUGCUGUACAAAGUGCUCAAAAUCUCAAUGCAUAUAUACAGUAUUAUGAACCCUUGCAUUAUAAUACAAAGAAAGUUCAUGAUAAUCAUCUCCGUGCCAAGCGUUCUACCGAUUCCAAUUCUUAUGUUAAUUUACACUUUUUUGCUCACCAAAGAAAAUUUCAUCUGCGCAUGAAGCGGGACACUUCUGUGUUUUCCAAAAAUUUUGUUGUGGAAACACCUGAUGGAGAGAACAAAAAGUUUGAUAUAUCUCAUCUGUACGAAGGACACAUACCUGGGGAGCACGGGACCUUGGUGUAUGGGUCCAUCCGUAGUGGAAUCUUUGAAGGGAAAGUACACACUCCCAACUCUACUUACUACGUAGAGAGGACUCACAAGUACGGGUUGAGCGAUCAGCCGUAUCACUCCAUCAUCUACUCGGAGAAGGAUGUGGUGGAUCCCUACGCGGAGAAGAGAGAGAGCCACAUCGGUGGUUGUGGGGCCAACGGGAAAAUCUUGCAGUGGAUGCAGGACGUCAGCACUUCUGCUGUUCCAAACUCGCAGCAACAAAAGCCAAAGGAAGAAGAGGAGGAGUUUGAUUCUUCCGAGAACUAUAUUCGAAGGAAGAGGAGCUCAACAUUUGCAAAGAACUAUCACAACAUAUACACUCGAGACGCACAACAAUACACCUCAUAUUCCAUGAAAGAAACUUCAUCCGAGAAGCGGGCAUGUUCGCUGUACAUCCAGACGGACACAUUCCUAUGGGACAACAUAAAGAAUUACGAACUGUCGGACACGAACGUUCGGGAAGAGAUCACCUCUUUGGUGUCACAGCACAUCAAGGCUGUGAACCACAUCUACGAAAAUACAGAUUUUGAUGGCUUUCGAGGCAUCAAGUUUGUAGUUCAAAGGAUAAAGAUUAACGACACCAGGGUCUGUGAAGCACGAAACAAACGUGCAAAUCCUUUUUGUUCUCCCAACAUAGAUGUUUCCAAUUUUCUGAAUUUGAAUUCUCAGUUCAACCACGAUGAUUUUUGUUUAGCCUACAUCUUCACAUACCGAGACUUUUCUGGUGGAACUCUUGGACUCGCGUGGGUUGCCUCAGCAUCAGGUGCAUCAGGUGGCAUAUGUGAGAAGUACAAAUCGUACACUGAGAACAUAGCUGGUCGACAAGUGCAAACCAAGAGAAGCCUCAACACUGGCGUGAUCACCUUCGUCAACUACAACAGUCGUGUUCCUCCAAAGGUUUCAGAACUCACCCUAGCUCAUGAGAUUGGUCAUAAUUUUGGUUCCCCUCAUGAUUAUCCCAAAGAAUGUCGACCCGGUGGUGCUAAAGGUAACUACAUCAUGUAUGCUAGUGCAACGUCAGGAGAUAGACCUCAUAAUAAUAAAUUUUCUGAGUGUAGUGUUCAUAAUAUUAGUGCUGUUCUUAGAGCGGUGUUUAGCAAUGAAGGCAAGGAAAAUUGCUUUGAAAAAGAUGAUGGUGCUUUCUGCGGCAACAAAAUUGUGGAAGACGGGGAGGAAUGUGACUGUGGCUACGAUGAGAAAGAAUGCACGGAGAAGUGCUGCUAUCCUAAAGAAGUGGGAAAUUUUGCCAGCAGAGGAGAGCUGGCAAUUCCAUGCCACUUGCGUGCACCUCAUCAGUGCAGCCCAAGUCGAGGACCAUGUUGUGAUACAAACUGCAAGUACGUUUCUGAAGGCACACUUUGCAAAUCUGCCACUAAUUGCACAUUCCAGUCACGGUGCAAUGGUUUCGAGGCCGAGUGUCCUGCCCCUGCUGCUAAGCCCAACAAAACGAUUUGCAACGAGGGCACCCAGGUGUGCUGGAGUGGGGAAUGCAUCGGUUCUAUCUGCCAGCGUUAUGACAUGGAGGAGUGUUUCCUGACAGAAGAGCAUCUCGCUAAGCCAGAACAAAUGUGCGAGGUAGCAUGCCAGGAUCCUGGCAAGGAGAACACGUGCCGAAGUACUUAUGUCAUUGCCAAAAUGAAGAACAUCAGCGGCAUAAAGCUGAGACCAGGUUCCCCGUGCAACGACUUCAAGGGCUACUGCGAUGUCUUUCAGAAAUGUAGGGCUGUUGAUGCAGAGGGACCUCUUGCAAGGCUGAAGAAUCUACUCUUCAACCACAAGACGCUCAUGACCAUCAAGCAGUGGGUCACGAGCUGCUGGUGGGGCGUGAUGCUUUCGGUUGUGGGCCUGGCCAUCUUCAUGGGCAUCUUCAUCAAGUGUUGUGCCGUCCACACCCCCAGCAGCAACCCCAGGAGAGCCCCUGCACUGCGCAUACAGGACACCCUGAGGCACCCCGCAGACACCCUCAGGAGGAAACGGCACAGACCCCAGGGACCGCCCUCGGGGCCCCCGCCACCGUACCCGGGGCCCCGGCCCACUGCACCUCCCGCUCCGGGCCCCGCGAUCGCGGGGCCCUCCCACGGCUACGGGGAGGGCCGGGGCCACUACAACCGGCGAGACAAAACGCAAGUGCCGCCCCCGACCAGGAACAAGGGCCGCGUCGACGAGCACGCCUACGUGUACAGCAAAGGGACUGCUAUGGAAAUGAGGGGCAAGGCGUAUGCCUGACCCCUGCCGCCCUUAGAUGCUUUUAUU